AUGCACCUUCCUUCUUCCGUGCGUGAUCGUUCUUUUUAUGCCAAAUUCUACAGUCGUCAUCCAUCAGAAAUAGAAAUAAUCGAUAAAAUACAAUCUUCUUCUUCUUCUACUACUACUCUAAGAACAUUAUCAGAAAGUCCAACAACAAUAACACCAAUAUCAGAUGUAAUAUCAAGUACUACUUCAGGCUUUUUUUCAUCAUCUGAUUGUUCAUCAUCUGAAUCAACAAGCUCAUAUACAAAACGUCGACGUACAACAGCACCUAUUAUACAAGAACGUUUAAAUACUUACGAGUCAGCUUGUACUCGCCCAAGUUUACCAUUACCAUCAUUACUUACAUGUAAACUAAAAACUCAAUCUAUUUCUACACUAACUUCUUCGUCUCUAGUCAAUCAAACUAUACCACAACACAUACCACCGAAACAAACAAAAACAUUAUUAAAAAAUACAUCCAGUUUAAUCGAUAACGAUACAACAAAAUCUAUCUUAAUUAUACAAGAUAAAUCAUCAUCAUCAUCGUCAUCGUCAUCUUCAUCAUCAUCAUUUUCAAAUUCGAUGAUAAACGAGAAAUCAAUUUCAUUAGAUUCAUCUAAACGAUAUUUAUCAAAAUCAACAAGUCAACUUUGUGAUCCAUCAUUAAAUAAUAUCAAAGAAGAUCAAGUAUCUUCUGCAUCAUCAAGAAAUAUUCUCGAUGUAAUACAAGAAGAACUAUCUGAAAUUCGUCGUGCUGAUCAUGAUUUAAAAAAUAUGUUUCUUUCUAUUUAUGGUAAAAUUCAAAAUAUUCAACAGUUAAAAUCAACAACAGUUCAUCAACCUAAAGGUCAACGACACCAUUAUCUUCGUACUGAAAGACCUUCACGUUUAAUAACACACUGUUGUUAUUCGAGUAAUAGUGAUAUUCGUCGAUUGAGUUGUACUCAUCAUCAUCAUAAUCGAAAAUAUCCAUUUCAUACACUACUUGCAUUACGAAAUCGAAUGAAUACUUUACGAGUAUCAUCAUCAACAGCCGAUAAUGAUAGUUAUGUUGAUACAGAUUCAUCGUCUUCCUCAUCUGAUAGUAGGACACGUAGUUCAUCAGUUGAUAAUGAAUGUUGUGGUAAUACAUGA